UGUUGACUAAAAAGAGAAAAGAGAAAAAAUUAAAUUAGUUAAAGUUUAUAGAUGAAUUUAUUAAUCAAUUGUAUCGAACGAACAUCGGAUUAGUUGAUUUUGUAAAAUAACCGUUGAAGCAUGCCUCGAAAACUUGAUGAAACAACUGAGUCAGCAAUGACUACAGCAAAAGGAGGUAAAACUCGAAAGAAAGGGAUCAGUAUUUUACCUUCAUGGAUAAAACACAGUGCAAUGGAACGAGAAAAUGAAGCUGGAAAUUUGUUCAACGCUAUGAACACUUUUGGAUUAAUAUUAUUGGUGACAUUCAACGUAAUUGCAUUGGUAGUUCCAGUGGUUUGGGCUGGUAUCUUGGGAACUACGUACUCUGAAAGUUUAGCUCCUUUUGUUGAUGCCGGAGCAUAUAUAAUUGUUGACUCGAUAGGAGCCCCAAUCAAUAUUACUAAAACUAGCAACAUUAUCAAAUUAUUGAUAAUUAGAGUCAACAUGAUAGCUGGACUAGCCAGUAAAAUUUGCAAAAAGAAUGAAUUUAGCUCCCAAUGUCAACAAUUGAAUGCCACUUUAAAGUCUAAUUAAUGAGUUAAUUGCACAUUCAAGCAGGAGAACGAAUCUUGUCAUGAACAUCUAUUCUAUAUGUGUCGUCUAAUUGAUAACAUUUUUCUUUCUUGCUUACAUUGCAAACUAUGGAAUUUUCUUGGACAGUUGCGUUUCCAAUAAUAAAAACUGGUAUAUUAGUCAUUACUUAUCCGAAAUAUUUAAGUCCUGAAGUAUCUAACAAUGUGUACAAUCUAGUCCAGUUCAAUCUGUCUGUAUCAGAUCCUGAUAUUCUUGGUUCCUUGAUUAUAAGAAUCAACUAUUUGAACGGUCUUAUUAAUAGAAUGUGUGGCACAAAGUGCGAUUAAAUUUUGGUCAAACGAAUCUACAAAUAUCCAUCAACAUGAUGAACCAAGAUAUUAUAGACUAACAAUAAUUUAUAAAAGUCUGCAAGAAAAUAUGUGUUUAACUAAACAAUUAUCCUAAAGAUUUUCACUAUUUCUCUAUAUCAAGAUGUCAACAAUGAAUGUAUAUUCUUAAAAAUCAAAUCAUGAGCAACUAUCAAUAAACGGUUUGUGAACAUUGUCACGUUGAAA